UCGAACAGAAUUGCAUCUCUGCGCCCUGCAUUGAACAUUUGAAGAAAAGAUCUGGUUCUUUUAAAUUUGCACAUAUUUAUAUUUUAAAUCUGUCCUCAUGUGCUAGUAAUAGAAUAAAUUGAUAAUACAAAAACUUAGUCACUAGAAAUAAAAUGAUUACGCUUAAUAGAAAAUUUAAGAAAGAAAACCCUGAACCCACAAAUGGUGUUACUGUAGAUGUGCCCAAAAGAAUAUCGGUAAGGGAUAAAUUGCUCGUCAAGGAGGUGCAAGAAAUGAACGAGAACCUCCCUACGACGUGCUCAGUGCACUUUGAGGAUCCGAACGUUUUGAGCGAGUUUAUUCUGACCGUGACCCCUGAUGAAGGCUACUGGCUGGGGGGCAAAUUUAAAUUCAGUGUGUUCGUCACCGAAGACUAUAAUAUGGCGCCCCCUAAAGUGAAAUGUCUGACACGGCUAUGGCAUCCCAACAUUAAUGUAGAUGGAGACAUCUGUCUGUCCCUGCUAAGACAGACUUCUAUUGAUGAGCAUGGCUGGGCACCUACAAGACGUCUAAAAGAUGUUGUCUGGGGUCUUAAUUCACUUUUCACAGAUCUGUUAAAUUUCGAUGAUCCUCUCAACAUAGAGGCUGCGGAGAUGUACAAACAGAAUAAGGUUGAGUUUCAAGUGAAAGUGCAGCAGUAUAUAGCAACAUCGAAGGGGAAGAGAUGAGGAAUGCAUAACUGGCGAUCACAACCAACAAAGAAAUAGCGGAAUUGAUGACAAAUGGUUUAACAUUAUGAUCUUCUUGUUAACACUUUUAAUGCCACUGAUACACUCUGCAGUAUGUUAUAAUAUUUGUGGUAUUCAAUGUUUUUAUUAAUGUUAGGUUGAAAAUUGUAUUGAAAAACAGUCCAUUGCUAAAAAUAUGUGUUAUUAUAAAAUUAAGACAUUUUAAUUUCUUUUUUUGUCAA